AUGUAUCAGGUACUGCCCGGUAUCCUUGCGGCUGCGGCGUUCAUCGGCGGUGCGGCUGCCGAGUCUACCGUACGGCCCUGGAUGACAGCUACGGCGCAUAUGCAGUGCGCCCCUCCUUGCCGUCCACUGAUGCGAGAUGGCACGCCUGAUACCUUCCUGCUUGAGCUGCAAACCGGCCACAUGGCUGCGCGACGGGGCACGCUUCCGGAUCCGCUUUACCAGGCCGAUAAAAGGGAGCAUCUUGGCAGCUGUCGACUGGGGUGCGGCACUCUUCUUGGCACGAACUUACGUUGCUUCAUGUAUCAGGUUGGUUAUUUGAAUUACGCAAAAUGUUACCGCACGAGUAAUGUGAUGCUUGUAAGAGUGUCGUGCCCCAUUGACAGACGGAUGUUGUGCCUGUUCACUUGCUCUGUUUGCAAAUAUGUGGUUGACUCUGCUUGGUUGUUAAUCUUUAAUGACUGUUCCUUGUUGGGGGAAGCUCUAUUGCUACUCUCAGGAGAUGUAGAGCUAAACCCUGGCCCUAUGAACGUAACCGAAAGAGAGCAGAUGGCGAACAUUGAGAAGAUUCUUCUAGAUGUACAAACUAGUCAGGCAACUGUGCUUGCUAAACUUGCGGAAAUAGUGUCGAAGCAGACCGAGCUAGAACAGAAAAUAGACAGCGUGAUAGCAAAAUCAAAUGUAAUCGAGGAGCGCAUUAAAGUAGUUGAAGAAUCUGAACGGAAGAUAGAGGCUAAGAUUGACGACCUCGAAAAUAGGAGCCGCCGGCUGAACUUAGUUUUUUAUGGGGUGCCAGACAACGAGCGCAAAGAAACAUGGGAAAAAUUUGAGAACCUGGUUAAAGAUAUCUGCAGUGACGUGCUCAAGCUUGACAACAUUCCGAUCGAGCGAGCCCACCGGCUAGGUGCCUUCACGGAGGGGCGCAUUAGGCCUAUUGUAACAAGUUUCUCAGGGUGGAAAGCUAGGGAAAGUGUUAUGCGUAAUGCCUACAAGUUUAAGAACACUUCAUUCAGUGUAUCCGAAGACUUCAGCCAUGCUGUUCGCGAAAAGCGACGGCUUCUUUGGAAUUACGCAAAGGAAAAAAGAGAUAGCAAAGAAUACCGAGUGCGCCUUAACUAUGAUAAGCUUAUAAUCAAUGGAAAGACGUUCGUGUGGGACAGUGAAAUGAACCAACCCACCCCGCUUCGUGCGCACACGCGAUCUCAAAGAGCUGACUGACGUGACGUCAGUCAUCCCAGAACCGGAAUAAACGAGACCUCAAACACGUGCGGGCGCAUACCUGUGCUUCUUGUGAACUGUCGAAGUAUUAAUAACAAAGUUGACGAGUUUGCAUCCCUUGUGGCGACU